AAAUCACCGGCCACGGCUUACUAGAUUGCCGAUUCCGUGUACGCAAUGCAGCAACUUCCAUUCCCUUUCAUUUCAUUUCAAUAAUGACUUGCCUAUGACUUGUUUGACAAAAUUCCCCUGAGAAACUCAAAACCAUUUUUCAAUUUUCAUUCCACCGACACCAUAAAAUUCUGUUAUUCCUUUUACCUCUCCAUAUCUGAGAGAGGAAAAAUAGAGAAAAGAAUAUGCAGAGGAUACGAGAUCAACGGUCAAGAUCAUCAAGAAACAUAACAAUUCAUGGGUUAGCACAAUCUGGUGAUGUUGUUGCAUUCAAAAACUUGCAUAAUGAUAAUCCUUCUCUUCUUAAUGACCGUAAUCCUGUUAUGGUGCAGACGCCUCUUCAUGUUGCUGCUGGUUAUAAUAAUGUCGAAAUACUCAAUUUUUUAUUUGGUUGGCCGGGCCCAGAGAAGGUGGAGCUGGAAGCCAAGAACAUGUAUGGAGAGACCCCAUUACACAUGGCAGCGAAGAAUGGAUGUAAUGAAGCAGCAAAAGUGCUUCUUGCUCAUGGUGCUCUUAUUGAAGCCAGAGCCAAUAAUGGGAUGACUCCGUUGCACCUUGCUGUUUGGCACUCACUACGAGCCGAAGACUAUUCAACAGUAAAGACAUUGUUGGAGUAUAACGCGGAUUGUAGUGCUGAAGAUAAUGAGGGCAUGACUCCUAUAAAUCAUCUCUCUCAAGGACCCGGAAAUGAAAAAUUGCGAGAACUCCUCCAGCGGUAUCUUGAUGAACAAAGAAAACGUAAAGCCAUUGAGGCAUGCAGCCAGACCAAAGCUAAAAUGGAUGAACUUGAAAAUGAAUUAUCUAAAAUAGUGGGGUUAGAUGGACUUAAAAUGCAACUCCGCAAAUGGGCAAAGGGGAUGCUUUUGGAUGAGAGGCGUAAGGCCCUAGGGCUUAAAGUUGGUGCAAGAAGACCACCCCAUAUGGCUUUCCUAGGUAACCCUGGAACAGGAAAAACUAUGGUUGCUCGAAUUCUUGGAAAAUUACUUCAUAUGGUGGGCAUUCUUCCCACUGACAAGGUGACAGAGGUGCAGAGAACAGAUCUGGUUGGUGAAUUUGUUGGUCAUACAGGGCCAAAGACAAGGAGAAAGAUCCAAGAAGCUGAAGGGGGGAUUCUUUUUGUUGAUGAAGCCUAUCGAUUAAUACCUAUGCAGAAGUCGGAUGACAAGGACUAUGGUUUGGAAGCACUAGAGGAGAUAAUGUCUGUUAUGGACAGCGGGAAAAUUGUAGUAAUUUUUGCAGGUUACAGUGAACCAAUGAAGCGUGUGAUCACUUCUAAUGAAGGUUUCUGUAGAAGAGUAACAAAGUUUUUCCAUUUCGACAACUUUAGUUCUGAAGACCUUGCCAAGAUUCUUCAUCUUAAAAUGACCAAUCAAGCUGAUUGUAGCUUGCUCUACGGAUUUAAGUUGCAUCCUUCAUGCAGUGUCGAUGCUGUUGCAGCACUUAUCAAGGAAGAAACCACUGAAAAACAGCGUAAGGAGAUGAAUGGAGGUCUAGUCGAUCCAUUGCUAAUUAAUGCAAGAGAGCAUUUGGAUUUGAGACUUAGUUUUGACUGUAUAGACUCAGACGAACUACUAACAAUUACUCUAGAGGAUUUAAAAGUUGGUCUUCAAUUGUUAUCGCAAACAGGAAUAGCUUAGAUCCGACCUCUUUUUGAGCCAAAUAGAGCAUGGAGAAAUGAGUUGCCACAGAAGUUAUAGUACGUUAUUUUGUGCAAGAAAGUUAUAGAGAUUCUGAUAUAUUGGUACCAUCGACCUUGGAAUGGAUAUUAGCUAGAGGUAGAUUAUCUCUCGCAUAUGGCAACCUCGUAUUAGUUAGUUCAUAGCAUUUAUGCUUGCUUUUAAAUAUCCAUUUAAAUUCUUUAUUUUACUUAGGAAAUUAUUUGUGUUGUUUGUUAUAAGGUUGGAUGAAAAUUGUUGCACUAAACUGCUACAGAAAUUGUAUUCUUGUAAUAUUAAGUACUGCCUUAAACUUAGUACUCCAUUUCGUCAAAUGAAUUCAAACUUCAUUUGGUUUUUUG